CCUUUGGGUAUAUAAUGCAGCAGGCUCACGAGCUGUGCUUGAGAAACGUUACCGACAGCUGAAGGGUAAAAUGGAGCACGACACGUAAAUAACGAUUAAUAACGGUUUUAAACAUUAACACACUCCUAAAUAAAAGGAUUAAGGAUUUAUUCCCGAAGUUAACGAAGCUAGACACUGGAUUAAAAAGCAGCAGGACGUGAAAUAAAGCCGCACCGGCCUGCAACGACGAUGCCCGCAGCAGCAGCCGCACACUAAGCUAGCUCCCGUUUCGACCAAGAGAAACAGGGAGCGAAGGAGAAGAGAAACGAUGGGGGAAGUGGAAGACGAGAGGUGCUCUCAGGCCAGCCAGCUCUUCGAGAACUUCGUCCAGGCCUCCACGUGUAAAGGAACACUCCAGGCUUUCGGCUUGCUCUGCAGGCAGCUGGAGCUCGACCCGACCGACCACCGAGGCUUCUAUAGCAACCUGAAGGCAUCCGUCACCUCCUGGAAGGCCAAAGCCUUGUGGACCAAGCUGGACAAACGAGCCAACCACAAGGAGUACAAGAAAGGCAGAGCAUGCACAGACCUCAGGUGUCUGGUCAUCGGCGGGGGCCCCUGCGGCUUGCGUACGGCCAUCGAGUUGGCGCUUCUCGGAGCCAAAGUGGUGGUGAUCGAGAAGAGGGACACGUUCUCCAGGAACAACGUCCUCCAUCUUUGGCCUUACACCAUCCACGACCUCAGAAACCUCGGCGCAAAGAAGUUCUACGGCAAGUUCUGCGCCGGAGCCAUAGACCAUAUCAGUAUUCGUCAGCUGCAGCUGAUCCUUCUGAAGGUGAGUCUCAUCGUCGGGGUGGAAGUUCAUGUCAACGCAGAGUUUGUCAAACUCCUGGAGCCACCCGAAAAGCAGGACAGCGUUGGGCAGGGAUGGAGAGCAGAAAUGUCACCCGUUAGUCAUCCCAUCUCUGACUACGAGUUUGACGUGCUAAUAGGAGCGGACGGACGCAGAAGCACGCUACACGGUUUUAAAAGGAAGGAGUUUCGAGGCAAGCUGGCCAUCGCCAUCACCGCCAACUUUGUCAACCGCAACACCACAGCGGAAGCCAAAGUGGAGGAGAUCAGCGGCGUGGCCUUCAUCUUCAACCAGAAGUUCUUCCUUGAGCUUAAGGAGGAGACAGGGAUCGAUCUGGAGAAUAUCGUCUACUACAAGGACAACACGCACUACUUCGUCAUGACGGCCAAGAAGCAGAGUUUGCUGGAUAAAGGGGUCAUUAUUCACGACUACAUUGAGACCGAGCGACUGCUGCACAGCGACAACGUCAAUCAGGAAGCUCUGCUGUCCUACGCCAGGGAGGCGGCUGACUUCGGCACCAACUACCAGCUUCCGUCUCUGGACUACGCCAUGAACCACUACGGACAGCCCGACGUGGCCAUGUUCGACUUCACCUGCAUGUACGCGUCGGAAAACGCCGCGCUUAUAAGGGAGAAGAACGGACACCAGCUGCUGGUGGCUCUGGUUGGAGACAGCCUUCUGGAGCCCUUUUGGCCCAUGGGGACCGGAUGUGCUCGAGGCUUCCUGGCUGCAUUUGACACGGUGUGGAUGGUGCAGGGUUGGGCUCAGGGAAAAACCCCUCUGGAGGCGCUAUCCGAGAGGGAGAGCAUCUACAGGCUUCUGCCUCAAACCACAGCCGAAAACAUCAGUAAGAACUUUGAGCAGCACACCAUCGACCCUGCAACCCGCUACCCCAACCUCAACUCCACCUGCGUCCGACCACACCAGGUCAAGCAUCUAUACAUCAACGGGGAGCAGAACCCAUGUUCCCUGGAGCGUAGUGGACCCACGCGCAGGUCCGUCAAUAUCUCCAGGAAAGAAUCUGCGGUGCGGCCCAGUCGCUUGUUGCUGUGGUGUCAGAAGCAGACUGAAGGAUACAGAGGAGUGCAUGUUACUGACCUCACUACAUCCUGGAGGAGCGGCCUCGCCCUGUGCGCCCUCAUCCACCACCAGCGCCCAGACCUCAUAGAUUUUGAUUCUCUGAACGAGGCAGACAGCGCCAAGAACAACCAGCUCGCGUUCGAGGUGGCCGAGGAGACGUUCAGCAUCCAGCCGCUCAUCACAGGACAGGAAAUGGCCGCCGAGCAGGAGCCCGACAAACUCGUCAUGGUGCUCUACUUGUCCAAGUUCUACGAAAUGUUCUGCAACUCCUCCAUAUCUUCCUCAGGAGCUCCCAAAGAGACCAGCAAGAACAAUGAGGAUCUUUCAUCCAAGCCCAAGAACUCUGUUUACACCUCAACAAAUCUCUCGCUGCCCCGGAAACGGAUUCCAAAGGAUGACAAGGUCGAAGACGACAAGAAGAGAAGAAAAGGCAUCAGCUACCUGGACGAGCUGUCCAAACAGAGCACGUCGACUGCGGUGGAGGAGGGCGAGCAAAAGGAGAAUAAAGUGCGCUCCAUGGCAACUCAGCUUCAAGCCAAGUUUGAGGAGAACGCACCUAGCUGUGUCUUACGUCGACAGUCGGAGUCCGAUUCGAGUUCAGGAAAGCCUGUUUCUCUGGACAUGACCGAAAACCCUCGGUUCGCUAAACCCAAGCAGUCCUCACCUCCUCCUGCUUCUCCCAAACCAAAGUGGCAGCCGUCUCCUUACUUGAGACUCCUGGAGUCUCAGAUGCAGCCUGGAAACAAACUGGGACACCUGGAAACCCAACAAGUUCAAGUAUGGUCACUUCACACCACCACCACCACGGAGGAUCGGACAGGUUUUCAGUCACCAGAAUCUCCGUUAACUUCUCAAACAACUCAAGACUCUAAACCCUCAGCUCCCGAACUUCAAUCCAGUCUUCAGUGUCUUUCUGUCUCAGCUGCACAACGUUCAACUCCGAAGCAUGUCCUCGUCCCCAAAGAGCAAAGCGCGAUCACCUGCAAGUCCUCAGAAACCCCCUUGGUCUCCACAGCUGCUCUGCAACGACUGAAGAUUGUGGAGGACAAAAGCGCUCAGAAGAAAGUGCAGAGUCAAAGCGCACAAGAGUUCAGCAGAAAGAGUAUAAGAGAGCGAGCGGAGCAACUGAGCUUCCUGUUCUCCGGCACACCGGCUCAGAAGAGCAGACCCUCUCCUGUUCCAGAUUCUUCUCCUAAACCUCUCUCAUGUCCAUCUCUCCCUCAGCCCUCUGCUCUGUCCUGUCUGCUGUCUCCUCUUCCUGAAGCUCAGUCCAAGCAGUGUAACGGACAUGCUGCGUCAGAGCCGACGACUCCUGAUCACCAGGGGCACAAAAAUCAAUCUGAGAUCAAACGUGUCCAACGCCUCGAUCCUUCUAUACAGAGGACAGUGGGGAAAGUUUCCUCUGUAAUUGGUGUUAAAGCUGCCACUCUGGCUGUCCUUUAUGAAACCGAUCACAGACCCAACAACCCUUACACACUCUCACUGACCGAGGCCAGGAGAAGCCAGGAGUCUGGUUCGGUUAACCUGCGAAAGGAGUUUGCUCCUGGGAUGGGUGGCAGCGACACGUGCCACUUCUGUAAGAAGCGUGUGUAUGUGAUGGAGAGACUGAGCGCAGAAGGCUACUUCUUCCAUCGAGAGUGUUUCCGAUGUGACGUCUGCAGCGCCACACUGAGGCUGGGAGGACACGUGUUUGACCAAGGUACUUUUUACUGCAAGCUGCACUUUUCCCAGCGCAAAACCAGCCACAGGCUUCGAAAGCCAGAGGUCCACAGAAGUGACGUGUCUGUACCUGACGAUACUGACGGAUUGCCCACCAACGGGAGCCUCCGCAUGAAGCCUUCAGGAGUAAGUUCAUUGCCCAAGACGCAGGAAGACCUCAUCAGGAAGGUUCCUCAGGACGUCAAGAAAACGGCGGAGAGUUCAGCCGAGCCACAGCUCUCAGAUCUACCCAAGUUCACCAGCAACAGCGUGUUUGGAGCCCCUUCUGUUCAGGAUCUUGCCUCAGAGUCCGAGCCGCUCGGUCCGAGCUCUUCACAGCUCGACAGAGCAGAGCACUCGUAUGCCCGAGGAGACAUCAGAAACAGUCACUGGAAAAGAAAGAUCAGAGCAACUUUGCCUCUGAUUCUGCUUAAACCGUUUGAGCAGAAAGGGGCCGGAGACGACGCUCUCAUAGAAGAGGAUGGAGACUCGGACUUUGAGGAGCUGCACGUACCGCAGGAAGCUGAAAAUCAUGCUGCAGACUCUCACUGCCCUCUACAGGAGGAACCAGAGAAAUCAGCUGCAGAUGAAAUUCCCUCUUAUCGCACUCAUGGAAUUUCAUCCCUUCCCAAAUCUUCUCCAGCACAACAACCCGACGCUUCCACGCCGGUCCCUGACCAGCAGAGCGCUGUAAGCUCAAAGAAGAAGCUGAUUCUGUCUUUGUCUGAGAAGGAGAAGCUGCUGAACUGGGAUCUGGCCACUCCUGGGACGUUCUCAUCCACGACUGAGGCUACAGACCGAGCGGAAACAUACAUCCGAAAACCCGCAAACUCGACCGAAGCUCAAAUUCACGAAGAACCUCGAGCUCCCGCUGAACCUGAGCCCAGCCCUAUUCUCUCAGGAUUCCAGCUGUGGGCCAGCGUGCUGAGGAGAUCCUUCUCUGGAGCAGGUAACAACCCCAAAGUGAUCAGAAGAAACGGUCCUCGUAGAGUCAGGCCGCUCUCCGAGGGCUCCUUCGGCUUCCUGUUCGGCGUCUCUUCUCAGAACCAGGAGGAGGACGAGGAUGCCGUGAAGCGCUCCAGAGCAGAUACAGAAGGAAUCCAGAGCAGAACAGAAGUCAGGAGCGAGAUCACAGCAAUGCUGGAGCAGAUCACUCUCGGCGACAAGCAGUCGAGGAUUUCCAAAGACGACAUGGCCUCCCUGCCUCCAAGGAGGCUCAACUUCUUCUCGUCCAUGCGGAUGAAGAGGAACGACGGAGGAGACCGGAGCAAGACGGACAACCAGACGAAGGACGUCUGGAACAUUCUGUCCAAAUUCAGAAACAAAGCUUCGUCACAACACAAUCACCAACGAGACGAAGACACCUAUUCAUCCAGCGAGGAAGACCAGAAAUGCGUCAUACAAAGGUCUGAAUCGGGCGACUCGGAGAGACGAAGAAAGCAUCAGGAGAAAACACUUGCCAUACAAACCAAGAGAGAGCAACUUAAACAACUUCACAGGGCUCAGGUGAUCCAGAGGCAGCUGGAGGAGGUUGAAGAGAAGCAGAGAGCUCUGGAGGAGAAGGGAGUAGCGCUGGAGAAGGUCCUCAGAGGAGAGAGUGAGGACGCAGCAGUAGACGAGUCCGAGCUCCUGCACACGUGGUUUAAACUCGUCCUGGAGAAGAACAAGCUGGCCAGAUAUGAAUCUGAGCUCAUGAUCUUUGCUCAGGAAAUGGAGCUGGAGGACAGACAGAGUCAGCUACAGCAGGAUCUCAGACGGAGGAUGGCCACUGAAGACUGUAAGAAGAGCGCAACGGAGCUGGCGGAGGAGCAGGUCCUGCUGGACGAGGUGAUGAAGGUGGUGGAGGAACGAGAUCGGCUGGUGAGCCUGCUGGAGGAGCAGCGACUGCAGGAGAAAGCAGAGGACCACGACCUCGAGAGCCUCAUCCUAUCAAAGGGCUACCAGUUUCACUGGGCUUGACCGUCUCUCUCUCUCUCUCUCUCUCUCUCACACACACACACACACACACACACACACACACACACAUACACACACACAGAAAGAGAGAGCGUUGAGUUUUGGAUGAACAUGCACACAGUCUGGACUAAACAAAGGGAAACAUUUCAGCACUUAGUAAAGGUUUUAGAUGUAUAAACAUUUUUUUUUUAAUUGUUAAACACUAAUCUCAAUCCACACACAUCCUUAAGCUGCGGUUUUCCACUCAGCAGUGCAGAGUGAAGACGUCUCUAUCUCCGAUACAGACCCAUGCCGUAGAGAUCUUACGUAGACGUCUGAAAGUUUCCGCCUGAGCCGAGGGCUGAAAGAAAUCAUCUCGUUUCACGACAUACAUCCUGCCGGCGGACCUCCCAAACCCCAAACACACACCCUGCUGCCUCACUGCUGCUCCUUUUUAAACGAACAAGACGUGCCUUGUGAUAAGCCAUAAAAAUCACUAAUGAGUUGUUGUUUAUUUACAGUAGGCUUCAUUUCUACACACUAAACACUGUAACACUAAAACACCAACCGUUUACUACUGUGUUUGUGAAGAACAAUAGUCACGAGGGUGCUUUAACUCUGUACGUCACGUCGAUGCUCUGAUCCGUACGUGUCUGUCUGUGUGUCUGUUUAAAACGCACUGUAACAGUUGUACAUGUUUUCCGUUAAUGUUCUGUUUUGUUGCCUUUCGUCACGUCUUUUAUUCUGUCCUGUGUUUAAUUUAUGAUCGCACGCAGCCGCACGAGGCCUGGAUCGAUUUAAUUUAAUAAAGACGGCAAACACCGUUUGCUUACGGAGGUUUUAAAAGUGUCUCUCUUUAUCGUGUUUAUAAUCCACUUAACUCUCUCCCAGAAUAAAUAAAAUCCCACCGUUGUCAUGUCA